UACUUUUAUAAAUGUGUCGAUCACUUAUCGCGUUCUUUACAAUAAUAUUUUAAUAAUAUUUUUUUAUAUUUUUAUAUUUUAUUUUUUUACUUUUAUAUUGAAAAUUGUUUGUUUGGCUUGUAACGCGCUUUCGGAUCAGCAAAAUCACUGCAAAUGUCGCUUCGUUCCACUCUUUCGGGGCGUAGAAGAACCGUUUUGAGUGUAGCCUUAGACGAUGAGAGUCCACGCAUAUCGUAUCAAGCUGCGGAUGACGAUGUUGUACCAAGAGCAAGUAGCAUUUACUUGACUUCAAUUGUCACAACUUCCGAAGCUCCCGGAAGAAAACCAGCAGAAGUAGUUCAACAACUGAUGGACGACAUAAAUAUGGACGAGCCACGUAAUUAUGAAGAGGCAGAUGCCAAAGACUUGCCCAGCCGCGAUCCUAGUUUUACAAAGGAGUUCUUCACUAAAUUUAACAGCCUGAUGAAUUAUAGAGAAUUAAUAAGCAAAUACGAAAAACAAUUUCAACGUGAAAUUUCAUUAUUACUUGAGGCUCAACCGACCGCCUAUGAGGUAGUAAGUUUGCAAAGGCACCUCAGCUAUACGUCCCUGUGGCCGCCAUUACAUAAUCGUCGCGAAUUGUUUAGAUCCAGGCGACUAUUCGAUUGUCUCACUAGAAAGCAAAGAAGUCGCCUGAAUCAGUUAAUGGCACAAAGAUAAUAUUUACGAAAGCCAUGCUCGCCCACAGCUAAAAGCACUAAGAAAUGGUUCGAUAAGUACCGAAAACCCUAAAUUUUGGAUCAAGAGUACAGUUUUAGUUCUAAAACAAAUCAACGAUGUUCUCAGAAUAAAACAAAAGAAAAGAGAAAACAAACAAAAUAUAAACCAAAGCUAAAGUUUUAUUUAU